UGUUUUGAGGCUGCGGAACAGAACUGAAGGCAAAAAUGAAACAUUUCUUACUCUUGACUGGGCUCUGUGGAGCACUGUCAUGGGCUUUGCCCAUCCUCCCACAAACUGAAGAAGUCACAGCAGAAGAUGUGCAGCUUGCUCAGAAAUACCUCAACAGCUAUUACCCUGAACCGGAAGGAACGCCUGUCACUCGAAGCAAACAGAAUAAAAUUGAUGCCAACAAACUACGACAAAUGCAAGAAUUCUUUGGGCUGAAAGUGACAGGCAAACUAGACUCAAGCACUUUGGAUGAAAUGAAGGCCCCCAGAUGUGGGGUUCCUGAUAUAGAAGGAUUCAGAACCUUUCCACUCUCUCCAAAAUGGGCAAAGAAAGACCUAACAUAUAGUCUUCAGAAUUAUACACCAGAUUUGCCUCGUGCUGACGUAGAGGAGGCCAUCAGGAGAGCUUGGAAAUUGUGGAGUGAUGUGACCCCCUUGACUUUCACCAAGAUAUCAGGAGAUUCUGCAGAUAUAUUAAUCUCAUUUGGUGCUGGAGUACACAGCAGGAUUCCUUUUGACCCUCCCUUUGACGGACCCAAUGGAGAGGUGGGUCAUGCCUUUUCUCCAGCUCAUGGUGGAUAUGUUCAUUUUGAUGAAGAUGAAGACUGGACAAAGGAUGCAAAUGGAAUCAACCUUUUCCAUGUGGCAGCCCAUGAGUUUGGCCACUCACUGGGUCUCAGCCAUUCCAAGGUUCAGGAGGCUCUGAUGUUUCCAAAAUACAUACAUUCAGACUUCACAAAGGUCAGGCUUCACCAGGAUGACAUUGAAGGCAUUCAGUCUCUUUAUGGACCUCCUGAAGAAGCUGAGGAUGAUGAUCAGCUAUCAGGGACUGAAUCACCAAUAAACCUAUCAGCAGACUUGUGUAACCCUCAUGUAUCUUUUGAUGCUGUCACCAGUCUCCGAGGAGAAACACUGUUCUUUAAAGACAGCUUCAUGUGGCGAAAGAGCCCUGCACAAAGCCACAUUGAAAAAGAUCACAUUUCUUCAUUUUGGCCAACUUUGGGUGGUGGAAUAGAUGCUGCAUAUGAAGCGGAAAACAAAGAUACAUUAUUUAUUUUCAAAGGAGAGCAGUACUGGGCUUCCAGAGGCAAUAUUAUACAGCCAGGUUACCCAAAGAGCAUCCACAUGCUGGGCUUCCCCCAAAGUGUUAAGAAAAUUGAUGCAGCUGUUUAUGACAAGAACACAAAGAAAACAUUAUUCUUUUCAAGUGACAACUACUGGAGAUAUGAUGAAACCAGGAAUACUAUAGAGAACUAUCCCCGAAACAUAGUAUCGGACUUCCCUGGGAUUGGCUUCACAGUGGAUGCUGCUUUACACCAUAAUGGACAUUUCUAUUUUUUCAGUGGCUCAAAGCAAUAUGAGUUUGACAGCAAAAGGAGAAGAGUUAUUAAUAUAAAGAAAAGCAAUUCCUGGUUCGGCUGCCAGUGACCUCAGAGGAAAAAACGGCAGCAGUGAACAAGAGAAAACCCACAGCAAGCCUUACUGCUUACAG